AUGCUAGAUACCAUGGCAGAUAUAUUAGAUCCCACGGCUGAUGAAAAGGGCACGUCAAACGAUGUUGAACGACUCGAAACUCAUACUUCCUUCGCGCCCCCUCCAAUGCGGCCAUGGCAGCGACGAUUAAUUGUUCUGUCACUUUGUUUAUCUCUAUUCUUGGGGGCUCUGGACAUUACGAUCAUCUCGACAGCUCUUCCUAGCAUUGCAGCGCAUUUACAUGUGACAUCACGAGAAUACGCGUGGAUUGGAAGUGGCUAUACCCUGGCCACAACUGCGUCAACUCCAGUCUGGGUUAAGCUUUCCGAUAUUUUCGGUAGGAAGCCUACUAUCAUGACUGCUGUGACCAUUUUCAUGGUAGGCAGUCUCGUUAGUGCAUUGGCAAGCUCUAGCGUUUCGCUUCUUGCUGGGAGAGUUGUCCAGGGGUUAGGUGGUGGUGGUUCGAUUGUUCUUGUGACUGUUAUCAUUGGUGAUAUUUUUGCCCUCGCCGACCGUGCUAAAUACUACGGUAUUACUGGAAUUGCUUUUGCGAUGGCCAGUGCUAUUGGGCCGGUUCUUGGUGGUGCAUUUACCGAUGGUAUCGGUUGGAGAUGGUGUUUCUAUAUCAAUCUACCUUUUGAUGGGAUCGUUUUGGUUCUCCUAUAUUUCAAUCUUAAUGUUGAGAUUGAGAAGGAAUCACUGACUGAUGGGCUGAACAGUAUAGACUGGAUGGGCUUCCUGCUCAUCAUUGGAGGAACCAUUUGCUUUCUUUACGGACUUGAAACUGGGUCCAGUGGUCUCGUCCCAUGGCAUUCUCCCACCGUCAUUCUCUUAAUCGUUUUUGGCGCCGUCAUCAUGGCUCUGUUCAUGGUCUGGGAGGCCAAGUUUGCCAAAAACCCACUGAUUCCAGUUCGGAUCUUCCAGAAAGGAACCUCCCUCGCCUCAUUUACCGUUGCAUGUCUUCAUUCUUUCGUGUUCAUCUCAUUCGACUUCUUCCUACCCUUGUAUUAUCAGGUGGUUCUAGGCUUCAGACCUCUCAUAUCCGGGGUUACUCUAUUUGCCCUGAUCAUCCCAAUGUCAUUUUCGACAUUCUGUGGAGGUUUCUUUGUCAGAAAAACGGGGAAUUACCUCGCUAUGAUAUUUAUAGGAACCAGCUUGUUGACAUUGGGCACUGGACUAUUCAUCGACUUUGGCACUAGCAUUUCGUGGCCGAGGAUUAUCGUCUUUGAAGUUGUUGCUGGCAUAGGAGCCGGUCUACUUUUCCAGAGCCCUAUGAUUGCGUUACAGAGUCAUCUACGACAGGGUGAUAUAGCGGCAGCUAUGUCGGCGUUUACUUUUCUUCGAAAUCUGUUCACUUCGAUUUCGAUUGUGAUAGGGACAGUCAUCAUCCAACAGACCAUUGGCAGUGGCAGUCUGACGACUGUAAUCGAUCAUGGUAGUUCAGGCGCUACGAGGAGGAAGCAAUAUGUCUUAGGAUUGCGAAAUAUGUGGAUCCUUUACACCUGUACAGCGUCGGUGACGAUUCUUGCCACUUUCUUCAUCAAAUCGAAAAAGAUGAAGGCAAAGGAUUCACAAGAGCAAGUUUCGGACAGCUGA